AUGGAUUAUUUGAUGACAGAUUCCGAGCGGCAACUGACCGUAGAACGGCAACUCAAGUACCAAGGUACCGCCAAGAUCGACCUUGACCACAUCUCUCCCCAGUCAUUGGUGGGUCGUGAGAUGGACUGGAACAAUGUGGAGCGAUUGCGUCAGAUCUUUGCCAAGGACGGUUGCCAGCGACUCGAUAUCCGAAACCACGUGACUGCUACCGUUUCCCGGCAGCAACUGCGGAGAGCAUGCCACGCCGCAGGAGUGACCCUUGAAGCACUCAAAUCUCAUCAACAGCAAUACCCCCACCUCGAUUUUCGUGCCGGUCAGGUCCAAUGCCUGCAUGGGCAACAUCGAUUGAAGGCUGCCGAGGACACUUUAGCCCCCUCCGAUCGCUGGUGGACGGUUGACCUCUACCUGGAUGACAUUAGCCCAGACUUACGGAUUGAACUCGUCGAUGAAUAUGCGAACGAAAAAGCCCCCACCGAUGGCGAAGUGUACCGGAAAAUCCGCCAGUAUCAGCAUGAGAGCAAUGCGCUCUUUCAAAACCGGUGGUGGUCCCGUCUGUCGCCGAACAAAGCCAAGCGGCUCAGACAACUCACAUCCCAAGACAAUACACAUCUUUGUGCAGCGUUCGACGCGUUGCUUGCGAUCCCAGGGCUCUGGAACGGGAUGAGCCUUGGAUCCUUGAACACUGUCAUGGCGCUCAAGUGUGAUGAAGUUGGUUUUCUCCCUUGCCGUCCGUCUAUUGUCUGA